ACACUGAACAGUGGAUACUUUAUGGGAAAAUGUAAUAGGGUUCAUGCGGGAGUAUCUUCAGUUUAUUACAGGAGCUAAACUGCGGCUGUUAAAGAUGAAAGAACCACACCUGGAGAAGCGACAGUUAUACUGGAAGAUUUUACGAUAUCCACUGGCUUUAGCGACUAGGAAAUACAGGAGGGGUUUGGCAGUUCCCUGGACAUCUCCUUCUAGAGCUGGCGAGGAUGAACCGUCUGUAGCCAUAGUAUGCAUAGCUUUCCUUUACAUAUACGCCUUCCUCUAUCAACAAUAUCGACUAUGUUUAAAAUGUCAAAAUUAAAGCAUAAAUUGGUGUCGAGAUUAAGCAUAGAUUAAUGUCAAAAUUAAA